AUGGUUGUGCUCCGAAAUCGUUCUUUGUCUACUACAGCCACAAGAUCAUCCACCCCACCCGCCCGAGCCCCAGGUCGCAAAAGUACCCGUGUCAACAUUUCUAAACAGGAUGGAAGUGAUGAUGAAAUCCUUGAGUGUAUUGUUGUACGCUCUUCGCUUCCUUCCCAGCUUAUAACAUCAAAAUCCGAGAGAUUGAAUCGCGUUGGAGUUCAUAAGUCUGUAAAGUCAACUUCAAGUUUCAAGUCUGCGUCCUUGAACACUCCAGUUUCGAGGUCCUCCUCUCCAUCUGUUCGAGAGACCCACACAGAUUCCGACGUCGAAGAAUCUCUCAUGGCCCUUCACGGUAGCUCAAGGAAAAAGGCAGUCAAAAGAAAAUAUAUAACACAGUCAACACCAGAUCAUAACCUUUCAGGACCUGAAACGCCACAGAGUAUAGCUCAGGCACUCCCUGAGAGCCCUCCAUCUUCUAUAUUUGAUAGCUCGUCUGAGCAAUUAUCUGCACCUAUUCUCAAGCCUUGCAAGGCCCCUUGGAAUGUUCCAGCUUUUUCAGAGAGUUACAAGAGCCUUGCCUCACCUUUAUCUCUUGAGCAUCGGCAAGUUCUUAACAACAAUCACGUAGUAGAUGAGGUUUCGUAUAUACCGACCAGUCGAAGGCAUUUCACUCGGAAGCUCUCAGCGCCUAUGAUUAGUCUGAGUAAUAGCGCAAGGCCUGUCUCAUCAAACGCCAACCAGCAGUCGCGUAAAUGUAUGGGCCGAGUUCAACAACACUCUGAUCGUGUUGUAGUCCCAAAAGAUAAAUCACCAACUCAGGAUGCCUUUCGUAAGGACUCUAUCAGUAGUGGAAUGAAUACCUCGAUCAUCGUAACGGAUUUAGUGCAGGGUUCCAAUGCAACUGAGUUGCUUCCAGCACCUAGCCGUAGGCCCCUUUCUAAUACGGGUGGAAUUACCGCUCCUAGUAGCACAAGGUUCUUAAGAGAGCGAAGGAAUGUGACCCAUCGAUCUCUUGAGGUUUCUGCAAAAAAGGCUCGAAGAUCCAAGAAAGUUGUUUUCCAAAAUAGUGGCUCAGAUGAGAUUUUGGAAUCAAUAUUCUUGAAACCACUUACAGCUUCGAUUCAUAAAGAAACGGGGUGCAAGCAGCAGAGUACUGAUACCCAAACGCCUGCAACCUCAACCGUGAGCCCACAACCUCUAGACCCUGAGCAAGGAUAUCAGUUAUCAAAGCCUGAUAUCUUUGCUUCUGUUCUACCAACUGCUGUGCUAUCAAAGUCUGGGCCAGAGCUAUCUCAUGACCCUCAACUUUGCAGCGAGAAAGACGAGAGUGAUGCGUAUGUGGAAACACUUUUACUUAUGAGUGGUCUUUCACCAGAAGCAGUGAAUGAUAUGAUGUCUCAAAGACAAACACAUCGUGUGGUGUGUUAA